UACACCACAAAGCAGUGCAGAAUGUUUGGUAAGCAGCAGUCUCGUUUGGGACCCUGAGAGAACCAGUAGGAGGACCUUUAACUAAAAGCUGAGGACACAAGCGGGAGCAAUGAAAUUGUUCCCCGACCGCCUCGGGAUUGAGGCUCUAAGAAGCAGAUAAAAAUUAGACACCAACAUUUGUUGGCUUUCAUAGAAGGGAUGCUAAUUCAUCAAAGAAAAAAAGCUGGACUGAGUUAGACUUUCAUGUCCAUUGGCAGUUUAUUGUGGAUUCAUGUUUCAGGGGAUCUUUGCUCCUCUUUUAUGAAGGAUUAAGUGAGCACAAAUUGCUCACUUUUAAAGAAGCAUGAACUUUUCCACCUUUCACUAAGUUUCCUCAUUUCAAAUACUUGUGGGGAGUCAUCUGACACCAACUGAUAAGAAGAUCUCCUUGAAGGGAAAGCUGGAAGAAUUAGAAAAAUGAUCUCCAGUCUCAAUCUCAUUGCUGUCCCAGUGCUCCUCUGUCUCCUUCGCCACAGUGAGGAGACCUGCCCAUCCAUAUGUUUCUGCACAUCCGACACAGUAAGCUGCAGCUCUAGUGGUCUCACCAAGAUACCCAAGUCACUGCCCUCUUUUCCCAUCACCCUUGAUGUAAGUCACAACCAAAUGUCCUGGCUGGGUCCAGGUAGCUUCAGUAAGCUGUCUAGACUGGAAAACCUCUGGAUGGCCCACAACCAGAUAAGCGACUUGGCUUACGGGGCGUUUCAGAAUGCCUCAGGCCUAAGAUAUCUCGACCUGUCUUCCAACAAACUGCAAAGGGUGGAGCAGCACUAUUUCCAGGGACUGUGGAGGCUGGAGGAACUCAUUCUCUUUAACAAUAAAAUCGCACAGGUAGAAGCCAGCGCACUGAUAGGUCUGAGCAGUUUGAAAAAGGCUUAUUUCAGCCUCAAUCUGAUCACACAGUUCCCAUUCUUCUCCAUCCAAGAUCGCAGUCACCCUUUUCUGACCAUGCUGGAUCUUUCAUCCAACCGUAUAACCAAUCUGCCAUGGCAGGAUGUGAAGGCAUUGCCGGGAUUGGUGCAGCGGGGGCUCUACCUUCAUAACAACUCUUUUAUUUGUGACUGCUCCAUGUACAGCAUGUUUUGGCAUUGGGAUCUGAGAGAGUAUGACACGCUGAAGGAUUUCACAGACGAACACACUUGCAACAUCAACGGGGACCCUCGAGCAUCCAUCCGGUUCUUGCGACACUCUCGCUUUUUCAACAAUUGCACCGUGGAAAGAGCUGUCUCGCUGCCAGUGACCGUGCUCCUUUCCAGGGUGUUGGUUUCAGAGGGACAAAAUGUGCAUUUGGACUGUCAAACAUCCCUGAGUAGCACCAAUCUCUCAUUUAUAUGGCUUUCCCCCAGCCAGGGAUAUAUCACUCAGUCCAACAUUGAUAACACUCUAAUGAGCUUGUUUGCUAACGGUACCUUAGAGAUCCAAGCAGCCAAGGUCAACGACUCAGGCCUGUACGUGUGUACAGCGGUAGAUAUUAAAGAGGCGCUGAAUACAACUAGAGAAAUAAAUGUGACUGUGUUGUUGCCUGAAGAAGAGUCAUUCAAUACGGGUUACACAACACUCCUAGGCUGUGUUGUGACUAUGGUCCUCAUCCUCAUAUACCUUUACCUCACCCCAUGCAGAUGCAGCUGCUGUAAACAGCCCGUCCCUCUAGUCAUCCCUAUCGCCACGUAUGAACCAGAGAACUCAAUUUUGUCACCCUCCACGCAAGAUCAGCAAAAGAGCAAUUAUAACAAACAUGUAGCAUUCCUACAGCCAAUGUUGAAUGAGCAAGGACCUGAAUGGGCACAUGACAUCUGAGGGAAAUAACAGGCUAUCUUACACAAGUUUGGAUUCCUCUUGUCAAGCAUCUGUUUUUUGGGAGGUUAACUGCUGUUAAAAGUACAAAAGUACCUCCUUCUUCCUUUUUUGCAAGCUGCUCGAAUUUGCAGUGGGUUUAACAGUGUACUGAGCACAGUCGAGUUAACCUCACCUCCUAUAAUCACCUCAUAACUAUUUAGUGCAGUACAAUUGGUCAAGGGUGGCUCUAAAUCCCACUUGCAAGGUUUUUACACGGCAAAAAGUCUUGUUGGUUUUCUUGUAAUAGGUUGCAGGAAGCCAACAAGCCUGUUAAUAACUGCCUCUUUAUUAAGGUAGCUGCUCUUUUUUUAAGGUAGAGGCCAACACAAGCUGUAAAAAAAAAAAAAAAAUUAAAGUUUAUUUCUGUUAUCCAAAUGCUAAAAAUACAAAUGUGUUCUUAAUGUUUUAUAUUGAUGAUUGAUCAAAUUUAAUCAUUUGUGUUCCCAUCUGGCCACCAAUUGAACUGUGUUGAAUUGAUUAUAAUGAACACACUCGGAGCACUAUGAAAUUAGAACCACAAUGUGACCAGAACAGUAGAAGACAAAAAAGAACAAAAAUCAUUAAU